CUCCAAACUCUUCGCCACACAGACUCAGAGUAACCAAAGACACUGCAACUACUCGGUGUGUGGGAGUGAAACAGAGAGAAAGAGAGAGACAUGGCUAAGUUGUGUUUCUUGGUCUUGGUUCUUGCUUUGGCUGUGGCCACAAGUGCCAGAAACGCACCCACUGAUGCUGGUCUCAAGGACCAGAAGAACUUCAUCACCUAUGGUGGAGUCGGUGGCUAUUCCGGAAUUGGGAGCAAUGGACUACCUUUUGGAGGAGCUGGUGCCGGAAUAGGAGGUGGUUUUGGCGCAGGCGGUGGACUCGGUGGUGGCCUCGGUGGCACUACCGGCAUCGGCGGAAUCGGAGGAAUCGGAGGACUCGGUGGUACCGGUGGUGGAGUUGGUGGCGGUGUUGGUGGUGGCGUUGGAAGCGGCAUUGGUGGAGGCAGUGGUGUUGUUCCUUUUCCUUGAAAGUGGAUGCAUGCAUGCAUGCAUGAAGGGUUCUAGCUUCUUCACCUUUCUUUGGGUUAGUUACCCUAGUGUUUUGUUUUUCGUUCAGAAAAUAAUGUUGUUUAUGUGCGUGUUCAUGAGCCAGCAGUGUAGUGUUUUAAGUGUUGGGAAAGUGAAAAAGAGUAGUGUAUCUUGUAAUGUGUCAUUCCAUCUUUCAUUUACUUAGGUUUUGUGUCAACCAUAGCACUCAUAUGUAUACGUGGUUCUUUCAUAGUUGGAACAUUUCAUUUUAGCUUCGAAGUAAUGUAAUCAAUAUAUGAGUUCAACUUUGUAUUUGCUUUUUCUACA